CUAUGUCCCACCAGGCUGUCAGCGGGGCUUCUACGCCAGGCCACCUACACCACCACGCGCCUGGGCAUCUACAGCGUCCUGCUGGAGCGUUUUGGGGGUGCCGAUGGGACCCCCCCUCCGUUCCUGGCCAAGGCGGCCAUGGGCAUGACAGCAGGAGCUGCUGGAGCCUUCGUGGGGACACCAGCUGAGGUGGCUCUCAUCCGCAUGACAGCUGAUGGCAGGCUGCCCCCSGGCGAGCGCCGCGGGUACCGGAACGUGUUCGACGCGCUCGUGAGGAUGGCGAGGGAGGAGGGGGUGUUCACGCUCUGGAGGGGCUGUAUCCCCACCAUGGCCCGUGCCGUGGUGGUCAACGCUGCCCAGCUCGCCUCGUACUCGCAAUCCAAACAAUUCCUGCUCGACUCUGGACAUUUCCACGAUGACAUCCUGUGCCACUUCUGUGCCAGCAUGAUCAGCGGCCUUGUGACCACGGCUGCCUCCAUGCCCGUCGACAUCGUCAAGACCCGGAUCCAGAACAUGCGGACAAUCGACGGGAAACCCGAGUACCGCAACGGUCUGGUGAGUGAGCGGCUUUGGGAGGGCAACACCCUCAAUUUACAGAGGGAUCCCUAUGGAGAGGGGCCCUGA